UUUUUUGCCUAAAUAUCAUGUUUUUUUCCCAUUUAAUAUUGCCCUUCAGAAGUUACUGAAGAUACUUGCAUGUUUUCCAGAAGACAAAAUAAGUGAAACUUGCCCUGAUCUUCAUAUUCAAAAAGUUUUCACCCCCCGGCUCUUAAUGCAUUGUGUUUCCUUCUGGAGCAUCAGUGAGUGUUUGAACCUUCUGUAAUAGUUGCAUAUGAGUCCCUCAGUUGUCGUCAGUGCGAAAAGAUGGAUUUCAAAAUCAUAGUCAUUGUUGGAAAACCUUUAAAUACACAAAAAUACUGAAAAACCAAAGAAUUUGUGGGACCUAAAGGAUUUUUUCUGAAGAACAGCAGACAGUUUAAUUGUUCAGGACAAACAAGGGACUCAUGAACAACUAUCACAACUAUCAAAAAAAAAACCCAGCAUGCUGUAAUGUAAGAUCAUACGUGUAAAAACACAGUAUUAAGAAUCAAGCAUAUGAAAACUUUUGAACUGGAUCAUUUUUAUAAAUUCAACUAUUAUAUAACUAAAUUUAACUAUAGUUAUAGUUAUUUAAUAUAUUACUCUUGUUGACUACGUAAACGUCAUUAAUGUGAAUUAUCUUAUUCAGCUCAGUACUAAAAAAAAAACAUGAAUUAUGUAUGAACAUUUUUAUUUUUGGUAAAAUAAUUAACAUUUUGCAGAUUCUGCAAGGUGUAUGUAAACUUUUGACCUCAGUAGACAGUAGUUAGCUAGGUAGACGUGCGUUGUGUGUGUUUCUUUCUGUGACUGGCAGUAAGGGUGUGGCUCAAGACGUUACAACACUUUUCCAGAUAUGACCAUGCCCGACUCUCAAAAUAUAUCUGGAGCGACAAUUUGUUCAUACUUCCUUUUUUACUGCUAUUACACGACAUCUGUGCUGCUUUCUGUUAAAUCCUUCACCACGCCCAGAGAAAACCCUGCAGCGGAGCAGAUGGCCGCGAAUCCCACCAAAGCGUCCGGACAGCCGGCCAAGAUGAAGAAGGAUGAGUCGCUGCUGGGAAAACUGGGAGGGACGUUAGUUCGCAAGAAGAAGCUGAAAGAAGUGAGUGACCUUCAGGAAGAGGGCAAGCACGCCAUCAAUGCCCCCCUUCUGCACGCCGGCCCGGAGCUGCUCCCUGAGGACACGUUGCUUGAGGAAAAUGCAGAGAGGACCAUUCUAGACCCCACGUCCAGAGAAGACCUCAAUUUCAAAGACCUCCAGAAGGUUCUCAUUGACUGGAUCAACAGUGAACUGGAGGAGGACCGAAUCAUUGUGAAGGAUCUUGAGGAAGAUCUGUAUGAUGGACAGGUGCUACAGAAACUGUUCGAGAAGCUGUCAGGUCAUAAGCUGAAUGUGGCGGAGGUGACGCAGUCCGAGAUCGGACAGAAGCAGAAACUGCAGACGGUUCUAGAGGCUGUUAAUGGAGUUCUCAGACCGCUGGACUGGAACCAGGAGUGGAGUGUUGACUCAAUCCACUCUAAGAAUCUGGUGUCCAUCGUGUACCUACUGCUGGCACUGGCUAUCUACUACGCGGCUCCCAUUCGCUUACCCGAGCAUGUGUCUGUCAAGGUGAUCGUGGUCAAGAAAAAAGAGGGAAUCCUGCAGACUACUCAUGUGACCAAACAACUCACAAGUACCACAACAGAAAUGAUGAUCGGACGAUCAGAACGUGAUGCUUUUGACACCUUAUUGGAUCACGCACCUGACAAACUGAAUGUAGUGAAAACGUCGCUGAUCACAUUUGUCAAUAAACACUUGAACAAACUGAACUUGGAGGUGACAGAGCUGGAAUCUCAGUUUGCAGAUGGUGUCUAUCUGGUGUUGUUGAUGGGGUUGUUGGAAAAUUACUUUGUGCCACUGUACAACUUCUACCUCACGCCUGAAAGCUUUGAACAGAAGGUGCAUAAUGUCACAUUUGCUUUUGAGCUCAUGCAAGAUGGUGGCUUACAGAAACCCAAAGCGAGACCAGAAGACGUGGUGAACUUAAAUCUGAAGUCAACACUCAGGGUGCUUUACAACCUUUUCACCAACUACAAGAACACAGAAUAACACUGAUCCAAGGAAAGUCGCUACAUGCCUCACUGACGCCAGGACUUCUGCACUCACACACGCACACAAACCCCUGGUGUUACUUUUAUAUGUAAGAAUGGAAUAUUUUGUAUUAUUUGGCUUAUUUAUGCCCAGAAAAGAAUGUAUUCAGCCCUAAUGAUACGUCAGUGUAGCAGCUCAUUAAAAUAUUGUAUUUUUCUCGCAUUUGACUUACGCAAACGAGGCCUGCCACUGCUUUAAGCACUACGCCGGAGUGACUUCUUGUCCUGGGAUGCACUGUGUAUUUUAUUCUAAUAGAAAUGCUGUAAUUAUUUCAAAUAAACAAGUACUUUCUACA